AUGGCUAGCGAUAGCGCUUACAACGAGAAUAUCAUGGCCGAAAAGAUGCAUCAGGAACACAGGGAAACUGUGAUUUCUGGCGUUUCCCACGACGCUGAUGAUGGAAACGUGGCAACUGACCAGUAUGGCCGUCCAUUGGUAGAUUUGGACCGAGCGGCUGAGGCCCGACUGCGACUGAAAAUCGAUUUAUAUAUUGUUCCUACCGUCGCACUAAUGUAUUUGUUUUGUUUCAUUGAUCGUGCGAACAUUGGUAACGCGAAACUGGCAGGAUUCACCAAAGAUUUGGGACUCGAAGGCUACGACUACAACAUAGUACUGUCAAUCUUCUACGUCGCAUACAUUUUAUUCGAAAUACCAAGUAAUCUUGCAUGCAAGUGGAUUGGACCCGGUUGGUUUUUGCCAGCUAUCACGCUCGGAUUUGGCAUCUGCUCUGUUGGCACAGCAUUCGUGACCAACAUCCACAGUGCAUCUGGUGUGAGAUUCGUGUUAGGAGUCUUCGAAGCAGGUUUAUUACCCGGUAUCGCUUACUACCUUAGUCGUUGGUAUCGCCGGAGUGAGCUUGCCUUUCGUCUGUCUUUGUAUAUUGUCAUGGCCCCUUUGGCCGGCGCGUUUGGUGGGUUGCUGGCAUCGGGAAUCCUGAAGCUGGACCACUUCGGAAGCCUUCAUAGCUGGCGUAUGCUUUUUGCUAUUGAGGGAAUUAUCACGAUUGGGGUUUCUCUGGUGGCUUUCGUUACCCUAACUGACCGACCAGAGACGGCCCGAUGGCUAUCAAAGGAGGAAAAGGAAUUGGCCAUUGCUAGAGUCAAGUCUGAAAGAGUUGCAACCACCGAAGUUCUCGACAAAAUUGACCUCCCCAAGACGUUGCGUGGAAUAUUCAGCCCUGUGACGCUCACCACUGCGUUCAUUUUUCUUCUGAACAACAUCACUGUUCAAGGUCUCGCCUUCUUUGCGCCAACUAUCGUCCAAACCAUCUACCCCGAUGCGACCGUGAUAUCGCAGCAGCUUCAUACCGUGCCGCCCUAUGUUGUUGGUGCCUUCUUCACUGUCCUUUUCCCGUUCCUCAGUUGGCGGUUUGAUCAAAGGUUGAUCUUCUUCAUCAUCUGCCCUCCACUGAUGAUGACCGGAUAUAUCAUGUUUCUGGCCAGUGAGGACAGUAUGGUACGAUACGGAGCCACUUUCAUCAUUGCGAGCGGUGCCUUUGCAUUUGGGGCACUCUGUACCGCUCAUGCAUCGGCAAACGUCGUGUCAGACACUGCUAGAUCCUCUGCCAUCGGUACCACUGUUAUGCUGGGUAACCUUGGUGGCUUGAUCUCUACCUGGUCAUUCUUGCCAUUUGAUGGCCCAAAUUAUCACAUUGGAAAUGGACUCAACCUCGCGACUUCAAGCAUGACCCUGGUCCUCGGGGCUUCUCUAUGGAUGUAUAUCACGUGGGACAAUCGGAGGCGCAGAGCUAUCGAUGUCGACGCUGCGCUGGCCGGUCUCUCGCAGAAGCAAAUUCAGGAUUUGGAUUGGCGAAACCCAGCCUUCCAAUGGCGACCGUGA